AUUCUCCUUGCCCGCACCACCGCUGCAGGACCGGCAACUGGUUCCGUGAGCCACCAGCAUCCGGAAACCUAUUCCUUCCUGUGCCGGCCGUGUGAACCCUCCCAUACAAGGGGCUCUCCAACCUCUCACCAGCCUCACCGGGCAUUUACGCCAAACUGCACGACGCCAGAUGACUUUAUUCAGGCACAAAAAUGCAAGGAGGAUUGAAGGCCUGGAUAAGAAUGUAUGGCGACCGCUUUACCAAGCACCUGCGCUCCAUCAACAGUGGCCGUCUGGAGUUGCCAGUUGUCAGCCAUUUUAAUUCCCCUCCCCAUUCCCACAGAGACCUGUCUGUCCUCGGUCUCCUCCACUGCCAGGGUGAGGCUAAACUCAAACUAGAGGAACAACGCCCCAUAUUCCGCCUAGAUCGUCUACAACCCGACAGCAUGAACAUUGAAUUCUCCAAUUUCAGGGUUGAGUUUACCAAGCUGGCUGCUGAGCCAGGAGUAAUCAACCUUGGUCAGGGGUUCCCGGACCUGCCUCCUCCCUCUCAUGUGCAGGAAGCACUGGCUGAUGCAGCGACAGGUGAAAACUUCAUGCUGAAUCAGUACACGCGAGGGUUUGGUCAUCCUCCAUUAGUGAAGGCACUUGCUGAACUAUAUGGACAUGUAUGUGGACGAUCAAUUGACCCAAAUAAAGAUAUUGUGGUAACAGUUGGAGGGUAUGGUUCUCUCUCGCACUCCAUACUCGGACUCAUUGACGAAGGAGAUGAGGUGAUCAUCAUUGAGCCAUUUUUCGACUGUUAUGAGCCAAUGGUUAAAAUGGCUGGAGGGGUCCCUGUCUUCAUCUCUCUAAAACCUACUCCAGAGAAAGUUGAGGGGGAUGUGAGCGACAGUGGUAACUGGAUCCUCGACCAAGAUGAACUUGCCAGUAAAUUUAAUUGCCGGACCAAAGCAAUAAUCAUUAACACACCCAAUAAUCCAUUGGGCAAGAUAUUUAAGAUGGAAGAGCUGAAGGUGAUCGCGGACCUGUGUAUUAAGCAUGAUGUCCUCUGUAUCAGUGAUGAGGUGUAUGAGUGGCUCGUGUACAGUGGACAUAAGCACGUAAAAAUAGCCACGUUGCCAGGAAUGUGGGAAAGAACUAUUACCAUAGGAAGUGCUGGCAAAGCCUUUAGUGUGACUGGCUGGAAGCUUGGUUGGUCUGUUGGUCCAAGGCACCUGAUAAAACAUCUUCAGACUGUUCAACAGAACACGGUUUAUACAUGCUGCACCACUGUUCAGGAAGCUGUUGCUCGAGGAAUCCAGAAGGAAAGUAGCCGCUUGAAGGAGCAGGAUUGCUACUUCACGUCCUUGGCCCGUGAGCUGGAGGUCAAGAGGAAUCGCAUGGCGAAGUUUCUCCUUGCUGCCGGGAUGAAGCCGGUCAUCCCUGAAGGAGGAUACUUCAUGAUUGCCGAUAUUUCUGCUACAAAUGUCGAUCUCUCUGAGAUGGAAGUGGACGAGCCUUAUGAUAAGAAAUUUGUGAAGUGGAUGAUUAAAAACAAGAAACUGGCAACUAUCCCUGUGACCUCAUUUGUCAGUGACCAAGCCAAGAGUCUUUAUGAGAAUUAUGUUCGCUUCUGCUUUAUCAAGCAAGAUAAAACAUUGGAUUCAGCAGAAGCCAUUCUGAAGAACUGGAAAUGAAAGCCAUACCUUCACUGAAUUCUGGUCAUUGUCACUAAUGAACUUGUGGUGGCCUCAAGUUUCUUUUCAAAUAAACAAAUAGUCUUCA